CCAAAAAUGACGGAUUCACCCAAUUCAAAGAACUACGGCGUCCCAAUUUACGGCGCUGGUUGGGUCCCCCAAAGCGCCGUCGAACCUCCGCCGGACAAAUCAUCGGAAUCGGUACCGCCGGGAAGUUAUGUUGUCCUUGCUGGAGGUGGCGGUGAAGGGAAUAGCGGUAUUCGUAACGCUCUCAUUCUUGCCAAAUUCCAUUUUGACACUAAUGUCCUCAGCGAUCAACCUGUGGCUAGGUUAGGCACUGGUGGUGAUCUGCCUUAUAGGAUGGCAGUACAUCCAGGUGGAGAAGGUCUUAUAUGUUCAUUGCCAAAAAGCUGCAGAUGGUUUGACUGGGAUUUUCAGAGAGAUGAAAACCGCUCAUUGGAUCUGAUAUCAUCUGAGAGAGUACUUGAGCCAUUGCAAGAUGUUGGUCAACAAUUAGCGCUGACUUUUAACAAUGAAGGUUCUUUACUUGCUGUCGGCGGUGAGGAUGGCAAGUUGAGGGUUUACAAGUGGCCUAGCAUGGAAAAUAUUCUUGAUCAGGAUAAUGCUCAUGCUUCUGUGAAGGAUCUAGACUUCAGUGGCCCUUGCCGAAUUUGGGAUGUCUCAAAAUCAAAAUCUGCACUAAAGCGCCUUCUGUACCAGGAUGAGAUUUUUGGCUCUUGUAGAUUCUCACCAAUUAAUGAUGAGAAUCAGGUUCUAUACAUCAUCACAAUGCGAGAUCAAGGUGGAAGCAUUUCGAAGUGGAGUACUACUACGUGGAAGAGGAUAAAAUCAAAGCGUGUUGUUCGUGAUCCUAUUUGUGCCUUCAAUGUUUCACCCAACGGAAAGCUUCUGGCAGUAGGAACAAUUGAGGGAGAUGUUCUGAUAGCGUCUUCCAACAAUUUUCAAGUGCAAAAUGUGGUAAAGAAGGCUCAUCUUGGUCUUGUAACAACAUUGAAGUUCUCAGAAGAUUCGAGGGCUUUGCUUUCUGCCUCCAUGGAUUCAAGAGUGAGAGUGACAAUUAUAAAGGACGAAGAGAAGAAAAGUGGUCUGAGCUUGUGGAUCAUUAUACUCGUUCUUUUGAUUGCAAUUGCUGUAUAUUACGCAGCAAGCAACAGGAUUCUUCCAUUGGAGCUAAACUCUUUAUUAAAAUGAUGAGCUUUACCCAAAGUAAUGUUAUAGGUGAAAUGAUAUUUGUGACAUUUUCUAAGGUUUGUCUCUAGAACAGUAGGCUUCAAGUUAAUAGAUCUCUGGUGUUUUUAGUGUGCUUCAAGUGUUAAGACAGUUUAAAUACAACUUGUCCUUCAUUAUAUUCUCACUGUAUAAAACAAGCUGUUGAUUGGG